UAAAUAGCACCACCCCAUCGGCUCUCUUCCGACGGGACACCAAACUCUCCAUCAGCAGCAGCAUCAUCCAGCAACUUCACAUUUACAGUCAGGAGCAGCAAACAUGACAAUCAACACACUCGGUCAGGAUGGAGUGCAAAAACAACAAAUGCCCUGCUUGACUAAGAUGGAGCGCAUGAUCAUAUCCAUGCAGGACCCAGAUAUGGGCAUCAAAAUGCGCAACCAGCGUCUCCUUAUAACAGUUAUACCACACGCAAUGACUGGUUUGGACAUAAUUGAAUGGCUGAUGAAGAAGUUUUCUAUUUCUGAUGAAGAGGCAGUGCACAUUGGACAGCUUCUUGUGAAAUAUGGUUACAUCUACCCCUUAAAAGAGCCCAGAAACCUUAUUCUGAAAUCUGAUGAUUCACCAUAUCGUUUUCAGACACCAUACUACUGGGCUUCAACGCGCUGGCCGGCAUCAGAGCUGGAUUAUGCAAUCUACCUGGCAAAGAAGAAUAUCCGAAAACAAGGAGAGCUGAUCGAGUAUGAAAAGGAGUGCUAUAAUGCUUUACAUAAACGGAUCAACCACACCUGGGACUUUGUUGUGAUGCAGGCGAGAGAGCAGCUCAGGGCGUCAAAACAGCGUCGGAAAGCAGACCGUAUCGUGCUUGAGUGUCAAGAGCAAGCCUACUGGCUAGUGAACAGACCACCUCCGGGGGUGCUGGACAUUCUCGAUAACGGACCGGAGAGAUGGAUGAAUACUAGAGUGCAACUGAACACAGAGUUUUACAAAAAAGAGAUUGAACACAACAGAAGAAGCCUGGGCAGAAAUCGCAUCAAAUCCUCAAUUUGUCUUGAGAGUUAUGUAAAAUACUUUGAGCAGUAUCAGCCUCAUGACCCCAUAAUGCAAGGAUGCCUUCCCAGCAACCCUUGGAUCACAGAUGAUGUCACGUUUUGGACCAUGAACUCUGACACGGCCGCUGUGCCGACUAAACUGCGUGUGGAGAGCUGGAGAUUUAGUUUCAUGAAGCUGCUUAAUGAUCCAUUGGGCAGAAAAGAGCUGAUGAUUUAUCUGGAGAAAGAAUUCAGCGCGGAGAACCUGUGUUUCUGGGAGGCUUGCGAAGACGUUCGUCACGGAGAAACCUCAAAGAUUCCCGAGAAAGUAGAGGAGGUUUACAAGCAGUUUCUGACCCCCGGUGCGAGUCGAUGGGUGAAUAUUGACAGUAAGACCAUGGAGAAAACUCUUCAAGGACUCAAGCAACCUCAUCGGUUUGUUUUGGACGAUGCCCAGAUGCAUAUUUACUUCCUCAUGAAAAAGGAUUCGUACCCACGGUAUCUCAAAUCCGAACUCUACAAGAGUUUAUUAACUCAAGCUGUAGUACCGCAGGAGACCAAGAAAAGCGUGUUCCCGUUCACCCGUCGGCAACGGUACUCCAGUCCCUCUCCUGCGCUCGCAACCCAACCCGCAGAGAAUGAUGGCAAAAGCAAUUCUGGAAUGGCAUCCCGGUUAUAAAUAUGCACACAACAUUUAAUCUAUAAUACAUUUGUUGUUGUUGUUUUAACACAUUUCUGCUUUUACUGUGCUGCAUGAAACAAAUGUUUGUAACAACGGGUUAUUAUUUAUAGAGAAUGCUCAGUGUAUUCAUCUAUUUAUAAUGUAGAAAUACAGCUGUCAUGCAUAUCAUGAAUCCAUAUACAGUAUACGCAGAUUCAGCAAUAAUGAAAUAUUUAAGAUAUCACUCUGCCAUUUAAUUUUUUUUUAUAUCUUUGUAUUGUUUGUCAAGUUAAUUUUACCUUGUUCGUUAACUUUAAUGGUAUGCAUUCAUAAUCUCAAACAGACAAUAAUAGGCAUUUAAAGGGAUUGUUCACCCCCAAAAUUACAAUUCUGUCAUAAUUUACUCAUCCUCAGAAAACGUGUUACAAACCAGGCCUGGCUCCAGAUAUGAGAUGAAAGGUGGGCCAAGUGAUAUUCCAGGUGGGCCAGUCGGAUUGGGGGGGGGUUCUUUAAUGCUUAAAUCCAAAAAAAUAUCUAUAGAUGGUUUUAGCAGUAGCAACAUAAACACGCGGCUUUUGUGGUCAUCAUGUAACUUCCGGUAAACUCUGCAAAAAAUAAAUAACAACAAAGUCCUUUUAAAGUAGUUUAUUUAUAUAACAAUAUAAUUAAAAUAAUUAAAAUAAACAACACUUGUUAUUUUUAAUGAGGUAUUUGUUUAAGAGUUCAGUUACAGCAACUAGUCAGACCAUUAAACAAACAAAAACUGGAAGUAAAUUUCGGACCAGACGCUUGUCGCGUCACCG